AUGACUCCACCGCUCCCCAGUACCGAUGCCCAUGUCAGGCUCUCCCUGCUGGACGGGGGCAGCAUGACAGGCCUCAUGUCCAUGUUACACGCAGGGUCGCCGCCAGAGCCAUUUCGGCUGUAUAACUGGGCGUUUUAUAUCCACCAUGAAAAGACAGACCGACACGUCGUCUGGGAUCUUGGAAUGGCAGCGGAUAGAGACGAGUAUCCCCCCUUUAUAGCCAACCGCCUCUGGGACGCCGUGCAAGUCACCGCCCCUCGAGAAACCAUACCACAGCAAAUCGAGCGCCGACAUGGCAUCACAGCAGACAAGAUCGACACAGUGAUUUUCAGCCACGCCCAUUUCGACCACUGCCACCCAAUCCGCAACAUCUUCCCAAACGCCACGGGCUACUUUGGUUCCGGCACAAGCGACUUCUGCAGCCCAGGCCACUUUAAGAACCCAGACACCCAGUGGGACGGCCGGUUCUUCGACCCUGAGCGGGCAACAGAGCGCUGGGAGACAUUACGUGGGCCAUGGGUGUCCUUCGGGCCGUUUGAGAGGGCCAUGGAUUUCUUUGGGGAUGGUAGUUUCUGGAUUAUCCAUGCACCGGGACAUAUGCCGGGGAAUCUCGGUGCGUGUGUGAGGAUUGAGGAUGGGAAUUGGGUUUUGUUAGGGUCAGAUUGUUGUCAUUCUCGUCCCCUCUUCGACGGAACUGAAGAUUUCGCUGAAUUCACUUUGGCGGAUGGUACGCCCGGAUGUCUUCACAUGGACGUGUCUGCAGCCAAAGACACCAUUGCGCGGAUGCGUAUCAUGGAGCAGGAUCUCGGUGUGCAUAUUGCGCUUGCUCAUGAUAUCUCGUGGAUUCUCAAAGGGACCAACAAGACUCUUUUGUCUCUACUAGAUGCUGAGCUUGUUCAUGUAGCCCAGGAGAAGUGCCCGGUGAAUACACCGUUGUGA